AUGGCGACAGCCUUACCCGUCGUCGACUUGGGUCUCGACUAGUCAGUCUCUUCUGGACCUAGAUUACUUGACUUGGGGAACUCGAAAAGACGCUGAGACGCACUUCUCCCCCCUCCCCACAGCGACGAAGAUCUUGAACGAAUUCGCACCUUCUUGACCAAAUUCGAGGUUACUCGUCCGGCGCGUCAAACCGAGCGAGAUGAGGACGACGAGACCGAGAUGGAGGACGAGGAUGACGAGAUCACACCCGAUGAUGUACCCGGCGUGCUCAAGUACCGUCAACAACUGGUCAGUACAUGCACCUUUCCGCAUUUCCUCGCUGUGUGACCCGUGAUCUCGUUUCCCCCCCGCGGGUGCACGCGUCGACGCGUCGCUCGCCCCUGCGCCAGGCGUGUGACUGCUCGCUGACCUGAAAUACCGGUCUCGGCCGCGCACGAGUGGCACCCUUCUGACCCAUGUGCCUUCCUCGCUCGUUCACAGCAACGUGUUGCCAACCGGGAACAAGAACGCCUCGUCAUCGACCUCGAGGACCUGAAUCAGGUUAGUGUGAUGCCCCGUGCAGAGACGCGACAAGCACCACGACAUCGGGCCCAUGCUGAUAGCUUCCUACAUAUUCUGUUCCUUCAAAAGGACUUCACAAAUGGUCAACCUCUCGUCGACCUCAUCAAAGCCAACACGCAGCGAUACGUCAAGCUCUUCUCCCAGGCCGUCGACGAGGAGCUGCCCGCACCGACCGAGGACAUCCGCGACAAGGCCGACAUCCUCGACGUGAUCCAGUUCCAGCGCAUGUCCAAGAACGACGAGAACGAACAGGAUGGCGUCAACAUAUUCCCGGCGAACCUCUUGCGACGGUACAACCUCUACUUCCGCCCCUUGGCCUCCGACGUGCCUCUCGCCGUGCGCGAGGUGCGCGGCUCCCACCUCGGCAAACUCAUCACCGUCCGAGGCAUCGUCACGCGUGUCUCCGAAGUCAAGCCCUUGCUCCAGGUCAACGCGUACACGUGCGACUCGUGCGGUGCCGAGAUCUUUCAGGACGUCGACAAGCGCAAAAUCACUCCCCUGACCGAUUGCAUUUCCGAAAUUUGCAAGCUCAACAACGCCAAGGGGCAGCUACACAUGCAGACGCGCGCGUGCAAGUUCACCCCUUUUCAAGAGUGCAAGAUCCAAGAGAUGACGGAUCAGGUCCCCGUCGGUCACAUUCCUCGCUCUAUGACGAUCCAUCUUUACGGCAACCAAACCCGUCUCGUCUCGCCCGGUGACGUGGUACACAUUGGCGGUGUCUUUUUGCCGAUCCCGUACGAGGGGUUCAAGGCGUUGAAACUCGGUCUAUUGACGGACUCGUACCUCGAGGCGCACCACAUCCACCAGCUCAAGAAGCAGUACGAGUCGAUGAAGUUGACGCCCAAGAUUUACGACGAGAUCGCUGAGCUCAAGCGUGACCCGGCGCUCUACUCGAAGCUCGCGUCGAGUAUUGCGCCCGAGAUCUUCGGUCACGAGGACGUCAAGAAAGCGUUGCUCUUGCUCCUCGUCGGUGGUGUGACCAAGUCGAUGGGCGAUGGAAUGAGGAUCAGGGGUGAUCUCAACGUGUGCCUCAUGGGCGAUCCAGGUGUGGCCAAGUCGCAGUUGCUCAAGUACAUCUCCAAAGUCGCGCCCCGAGGUGUCUACACAACAGGUCGCGGAUCGUCCGGGGUCGGAUUGACCGCGGCUGUGAUGCGUGAUCCGGUAACGGACGAGUUUGUGCUUGGUGAGUCGAGAAAUCGUUCUUCAGUGGUAGUACCUGCGACUGGGAGCUGAAUGGGAACUGACUUUUUCCUUUCACAGAGGGUGGUGCUCUUGUCUUGGCCGAUAACGGUAUCGCAUGCAUCGACGAAUUCGACAAAAUGGACGAGUCGGACCGAACCGCGAUCCACGAAGUAAUGGAACAGCAAACCAUCUCCAUCUCCAAAGCCGGUAUCACAACGACGCUCAACGCGCGCACGUCGAUCCUCGCCGCGGCAAACCCUCUCUACGGGCGUUACAACCCGAGGAUCUCGCCCGUGGACAACAUCAACCUCCCCGCCGCGCUCUUGUCCCGUUUCGAUCUCUUGUUCCUCAUCCUCGAUACCCCUUCGCGUGACGAUGAUCAGAGGCUGGCCGAGCACGUCACUUAUGUCCAUAUGCACUCGGAACACCCUCCGUUGCAACAUACCCCUAUCUCGCCCGUCUUGAUGCGACACUACAUCGCUCUCGUACGACAAAAGCGUCCGACCGUACCACGGGAUGUGUCGAACUACGUCGUGCAGGCCUACGUCUCGUUGAGGAAAGAGACCAAAGCGGCCGAGGACCGCAACCAGUUCUUCACCUACACCUCGGCGCGUACCCUGUUGGGUGUCUUGCGCUUAUCGCAAGCGUUGGCUCGACUGAGGUUCGCCGACGCGGUCGAGACGGCCGAUGUUGACGAGGCGUUGAGGUUGAUGGAAUGCUCCAAGGCGUCCUUGCACGAUCACGAGAACAGGGAUCGCGACGUGGACCAAACGACGACGAGUAAGAUCUUCACCCUCAUCAAAACGAUGGCUGCUGCGGGACAAGCUCGUGUACGUGGUGCUGGUCGGAGUGGUCGAUUGGGUCGAGGACCACCGAGGAUGGAAGUCGAUGGGGAUGAUGAACAAGAUGUAGAGGCGGAUGGGUUCAAUCCCGAGUUGAACAUGCGGGAAGUCAGGGAACGCGUCAUCGCCAAAGGCUUCACCGAGGAUCAGUUCAAGGAUUGCCUCGAUACGUACGCCGAGGUCGGCGUGUGGCAACUCGAGGCCAAUGAGACCAUCCUCAAGUUCCUGGGCGGAGAUGAUUAG